AUGUGUCUGUUUAAGGAAAAAAGGUCUCUCUAUCCGAAGGUGGGGGAUUAUGAUCUUCCCAUUUUCCCCGACCCGCUUUUCUCUCCUCCUCCUCCUCCUUCUCCCAACCCCACUUCCUCACUCUCCUCCGUCUCCUCCACGCUCCACCUCUUCACGUCUCUAGCACGCGCCCUCGCCUCCAAAACCCUAGCCCUCUUGUUCUUCUCCUUCUUCUUUACCUCCAUGGACGACCACAACAACCCCUUCGCCUCCUCCUCCUACUCCGCCGCCAACGACGACGACCCCACCGAUGGCUGGGACUUCGACCUCCAGUCCCGCAACCGCGCACAGCGCCCCCGCCUCCUCCUCGACUACCACCUCGACGACGACGAUGUCCCCGACAAUGCCACCGCCGAGAAAGUCUACCUCGUCCCCUACCGGUGGUGGAGGGAGGUUCGGAGCGGAGACGACGAUGAUCGCGGCGGCGACGGCGUGUUGUACAGUACGUUGCCGGAGGAGGACGAUUCCGGCUUGGAGAUUCUGUUGAAUUUGAGGAAGAGAGACUCGGCUGAAGAAGGAUUUUCAGGUCGGGAGUAUGCCUUGGUGCCUGAACCGACUUGGUGCCGCGCUUUAAUCCGGCAUUAUAAUUUUGAUGCAGCAGCAAUGGAUGAUGGGAGCUCCUUUGGUGAUGAUGAGUUUCUGAAGGAUGUCUUUUCCUUACAAAUUAGGCUAAUUGUUUCUUGGGAAACAAAUUCUUUGGUUGUUAAGAUCAGCCAAAAGGAUAAUGCGGAUGAUUCUUUCAGGAGAGCGUACAUUAUUUUUGGUUCAGAGCCCAAGCCAUUGCAUAUUUGGGACUUCUCAGGGCAGACAACCCAAUUUUUCAGGAAUGGCCGAUUUAGUUUGCCAAAUGACAUUCCUGGACAACUGAACCAAGUGGUUUUCCUUGAAUUGUAUCUUCAUGGGUUUUCAGAGGUCAGAGGUUGGAAGAGUGAUGACAUGGCUGAAAACCACUUCAGUAUUGAUGGUUGUUCUGUUAAAAUGAAUGGGAGCAGUGACUAUGUCAAUCCCUAUUUAAACUCAGGAAACUCCGGGCCAUGUGGUGUUAUGUAUAGGGGAGUUGGUUCUUUAGGCUUAACUGGAAUAAAGAAUCUUGGGAAUACAUGUUUUAUGAAUAGUGCAAUUCAAUGCCUGGUGCACACUCCAAAGCUUGUUGACUAUUUUCUAGGAGAUUACCAGAAGGACAUGAACACUCAGAACCCAUUGGGAAUGAAAGGAGAGCUGGCAUCUGCAUUUGGGGAAUUAUUGAGGAGAAUAUGGGCUCCUGGUUCAAGGACUGUGGCUCCUAGAAUGUUCAAGCAAAAACUUGCCAGUUUUGCUCCUCAAUUCAGUGGCUACAAUCAACAUGAUUCCCAGGAACUGCUUGCUUUUUUGCUGGAUGGCCUCCACGAGGAUCUAAAUCGUGUGAAAUGCAAGCCAUAUUUUGAAGCUAAAGAUGCUGAGGGUCGUCCAGAUGAAGAAGUGGCAGAAGAAUAUUGGCGGAAUCACCUUGCUCGCAACGAUUCCAUUAUUGUUAAUGCAUGCCAGGGUCAAUACCGGUCCAAAUUGGUUUGCCCUGAUUGCAACAAGGUGUCCAUUACAUUUGAUCCUUUUAUGUAUCUAUCACUGCCAUUACCUUCUACAACUAUGCGUACUAUGACUGUGACGGUUUUAAGCACAGAUAGUGCUGCAUUGCCAAUUUCAUGUACUGUCUCAGUGCCAAUAAGUGGGAAGCUCAUAGAUCUUACUGAUGCCUUAAGUAUCACCUGUUCUCUAAGAGAUGAUGAAACCCUAUUGGUGGCUGAGAUAUUCAGAAGUCGCAUAUGUCGUCUUCUAGAGGAUCCAUCUGAUUCAUUAGGCUUUGUUAGAGAUGCUGACAAACUGGUUGCUUAUCGCUUACCAAAAGACUUUGAGCGAUCCCACUUAGUUGUGUUUCUUCGUCUGGAGAAGCAGAUGUAUUACUAUAAUCAAGAACAAGAUGAUAUUCCGCUUUUAGCAAGUAUGCCCGAUCCUUGUUAUGAAUCUGACAUUCGCAACAUAUUCCUAAAUAGUCUAAAACCGUUCUUGAAGCUUGAUGGAGAUAUAUCAGAUGUUUCUUAUGACGACUCUGGAAACUGUGCUAACGAAGACUAUGACCAGGAGGAUGACAGUAGUCCUAUAGUUUGGGAUAAUGAUUCUGACACAGAAAGGGGAACAGUUGGUGAAGCACAUGUGAAUACUGAUUUCAAGUUUUACUUGGGAGAUUCAAGAAAGGAACUAGAGAUGAAUCAGCUGAAAGUGGUCUCAGACUGGCCUUGGAUUUCAAGGCCUAACAUACCGGAGGUCACUGUUUUAUGGUCAGAAGAGAUGAUGAGUAAGUAUGAUACACACCUUCUAACUUCUGUGCCUGUGGUUUUUAACAAUUUGAUGAUGAGUGAAGAAUCUAUAUCCCUGUACAAAUGCCUUGAAGCCUUUCUGAAGGAAGAGCCUCUAGGACCUGAAGACAUGUGGUUCUGCCCAAUCUGCAAAACCCCUCGGCAAGCUAGCAAAAAGUUGGAUCUUUGGAGAUUGCCUGAGAUAUUGGUUAUUCAUCUGAAAAGAUUCUCGUAUGACCAUUAUUUCAAAAACAAGCUUGAAACACUGGUUGAUUUUCCUGUUUAUGAUCUGGAUAUCUCAACCUACAUUACCCACCACAGUAGUCAGUUGUCCAGUCGAUACAUGUUGUAUGCAAUCAGUAAUCACUAUGGUGGCUUGGGUGGUGGUCACUAUACGGCAUUUGUUCAGCUCGGUAAGGGUUCAUGGUAUGAGUUUGAUGACGACAGAGUUUCUGCAGUGAAUGAGGAGAGUAUUAAGACUUCGGCAGCAUAUGUUCUUUUCUACCGAAGAGUACCAGAUGUAUAGACAUAUCGCAGUUGUAUAGUUAAGGAAUGAUUGGAAAGCAGUUAGAGAGGGACAACAUCCUGAGUAGAUGGAAGAUGUAGAGAAGGAAUCAUGUUGUACAGCAGUUGACGUCAGUGAAAGGCCCAUAGUAGCAUUUUCAGGAAGGAAGGGUCAUGGUAGCAGAUUAGCAGUACUAAAAGCGGCAUAGGCAUCAUUUUGAGACAGGGAAGAUAGCAUCAUCUUAGGUUUUUGUUUCAGAUGUAUAUAUACAUCUCUACUCUCUAGUAAAGGAAAACGAAAGAUAACAUCAAUUGCAAUAGGAGUGUCUUCCCCUUUUUAUCGGUGAUCAUAGUGCUUAGUUUGGUCAUUGCAUUUUUUUUUGUCUUGUCACCAGUAUAAACAUUUGGGUUGAUGUUUGACAAGGAUCUCCACCAAUCUCAUUGCAGCUUGUGUUUUCCGGUCAAAAUUUUUGAAAAUUCUCGACAGAGAUGAGAGUUUCCAAUUGCUAAAUUAACCACUGAAGUCGUUUUGUUUGCCAGAGUGGACGUAUCUAGUCCUUUGAGAUACCGAGAGUCCGAGACCAU